AUGGGUGAUGAUCCUCCAGGCGAGGCGGCCUCCGAGGGGCCCUGCCCCGCCGAGGCCCUGCGAGUGGUGGCGGCCGCCGCCUGGCACGUAGUCUGCGCCCGCCGCUUCCCGGACUUCCCGCGGGCCCUGACCUUCCUGGAGAACGUGGCCGUGGCAGCGCCGGACCUGGUGCCCUUCCGGCACCUGAUCAGGCUGCGCCUGGGGCUGCAGGCCAAGAUUGUCAUGAACAUGUUUCAGGAAAACCACCCCCCUGGGAAAAUCUACGAUGCUAUGGAUGUCUACUUUCCAGAGAAUGAGCCCCCCCUCCAUCAUUCCAAAGCCACACCUCAGGACCUGGACAGAAUACAAAAAUCCCAAGAAAAAUUCAGAAUUUUGGUCCUCCAGUUGCUGAGUGACGGCAAGCAGAAGGAAAAAUACGUGCAGGAACGCCUGGAAGUGGAUUACGGGGAAGUUUUCAUGGAAGAGGUGGAAAAUCUUUUCUGCGAUUAUCUCCAUGAGAUGGAACAAAUCCUCCCACAGCCCCAAUUCCAUAUGAUCUUGGAGGCUGCCAGGAUCCAAACCCCCAACCAGUUUCCCCAGCCCAGUGCCACCAUUCUAAAGCAGUACCUCAGCGAUGUGGGAUACCAGUUGGUUGAUGAUGCCGAACCUCCCACCUCCCUUCCCCAUUCCUCAUGCACCCCAUGCCAGAGCGAGGGCGAAAACCCCAUGACGCCACCUCUCUCCCCACAGCUAGGCAGGAGCCAAAGUGAGGACUUCGCUUCCUGCAACUCAGAAGGGGAUUCGCACAGGCAGCCCUGGGAAACAUCUGAAGAUCUGGUGCCAGAUUCCGAAAGUGAAGGAAGCACCUCCCCUUUUCAGGGUGAAUACCAGGGUACCCAUCUCUGUGCCCUCGUCCCUACCUACCCUACCCUACAGGGACAGCAACAGCCAGUUCGAUAG